UUGCCUUCAUUGUCGUCACUGCUGCUGUGCAGUUUCUUGUUGUCAAUUCCACUCGUGCUACUAAUCCUCGUUCAACGUGUGUCCCGCCACCGAGCCGGUACACCCUUUUCCCUCCCGAGUCCAGAAGGAGCUCAAGCUUCCUUCUUGCUUUUGCCGCCCUCGUUUCAUCCUUUUUUCUUAAUCUGUGGGUCGUUUUCCGCCAAAGAAAGCCAUGCUCGCUCGCGGGUCUCCCUGGCGGCUCGUGCUGCCAGGCCGGUCAGCGAAGAGAGCGCCUGAAACGCCUCCUAUCACGCGAUGUCGCCCCGGUCUUGUAUGCGAAAGGAGGAAAGCAGAAUGUCUAAGGAGGACGGUUUCUUCUGCGGAAGAAGGAAUGACGAAAUUCAGCGAGAAGGGGGCAAGCCAGACCCGCAUGCACCAGGGGAACUGCGACGCAAAUCACGAUUCUUGCGCCGAUCCCCGCAGCGCAGCGGAAGGCUCUCUGUGUUUUUUUCGGAGCUUCGCGCCUUCAUCAGGUCCCCUAUCGCCGUUCAAGUAUCUAUUCCGUCGUCCUAGGUCUGUGAACGCCCUCAGCUCCUCUGCGUUGACAUCUCCGUCUCAUCUCUGCUUCUCUUCCUGCUUCUCUUCCUGUGCUGCCUCUACUUGCCGCUCCUCCCCCUUCUCUCUCCUCCGCUCAUCUCGAUUGCUGCGCCAGAGUGUGUCAGAGCAUUCUGUUCCUUCGCUGCUGUCACUUUCCAAGCCUGAGUCUCUUCGUUCUUCCGUCGUUUCCUCCCGUGAGUCGUCGUCACGUCUCGGCGACGAGUAUCCAUCUGCUGCCUCAUACCCCCAUGUUCGUCGGCAGACUUCCUGCCUGCUCAACAGCCAGAACUCUGUGUACGAUCUCGAAUCUUGGAGAAGGAGUAGUGGAACUGCUUCGGACCUGCUACGCACCGUUCCCAAGGGUCCUUUGCCGAGGCACAAUGGGGGCACUUCGUUCUCCUCCGCCUCCUUGCUGCACUCCAUCAUCUCUCCUUCUCCCUCUUUCGGCUGCGUCUUCCUUAGGCGCCUGCAGAUCUACCCCCAACGUCGUGUCAUCGGCCACCGCAUUGAGAUUUUUCGGGGAAAACAUCGGCGUCGGCGAAUGGUCCCGCCGCGGAUUCCCCUGCACCCGCUGGCGGCGAACACGUCGGAGGAGACGGCCUCGAAAGACAUGAAUUUGUUUGAGACGUACCGCGACCUGCAGCUCCGGUGGAAGAAGACUUGUCGGCAGCGCAAGAAGAAAUUCAACAUCGCGCGCAAGUGGCGCAUGCCUCGAAACAUUCGACCGCUUCCAGACCCGAGCUGGACGCUCGUGUUCCACGUCAACCCCCGCAGUGGGUACCGGCGAGGACGAGGCGUGUGUAGAGACAGGAGGCGAGAGAAGCUGCAGGGCGACGCCUUGGAAGUCUCGGCAGAAGACGAGGAGAACCGUUUAGCCGGGAAGGCGCCGUCGAAUAGAGAUCAGGAGGAUAGGCAACGAGGACGUGGAGCUCAGGAAACUUAUUUCCGCUCGGAUGCAGCACUGGACGCUGCCAUCGAGGAAGAAAACAUCCUCCAGAUCCUUGCGCGACAUCCUGAGAAAGGUCGAGUCGAAGGCAGCGGACGCCCGCGAGGCGCCGACGGCUGGGGCAGAGACGGACCCCUGCCGCAGUGGAUGCAAAUUCUUCAGCGAACGCCACAGGAAGAGCUAUUCUGCGUCAUGAAGAGCAAUGUCUCUACCCAACACAAGGUCACUGCUGGUGAUUUGAUUCAAGCCGAGAAACUACACCGCAAGCAAGCAGGAGACAAGGUUGUCUUUGGCACGGUGAUGCUUGUUGGGUCUCGUGAUUGGACGAUUAUCGGCAAGCCUACGGUGCCGUUUGCGAAAGUCGAAGCGACUGUGGAGGAACAAACUCUCGCCGGGGAAACACUCAGCUUCUUCUAUAGGAAGUCUCGACGCGUUUCGCGAUUCCGACGGAUUCGGCACUGUGUGACCAUGCUGCGUAUUGACCGCAUCGUCGUCGACCCAAAUAUGACCGUGGACCCUCCCGCGCCGAAGCCUGACCGAUUGCUCGACUUGUGGGCGAAUCGUUGGCUGUACCCUGACGAGCUCGAUGGCAUCAAGCGAAACGAGAGUGGAGAACCAGUUGUUUCUGAAAUAUAUGACGGCCGGGAGCACCAAAAAGGUUCUUAUCAAAGGCGAGGUCUCACAGCUUCCUAUCGGUGGUAUCCGGAUCCUCAGUCGGCACACUGGAGACCAUGAGGAUAGAGUGCGGCUCGCCUGGCUUGUGCAAGCCAGUUAUUAAACUGUACGCAGUUGUUCUGUGAGUUUCGUUCAUUAACAGAAUGGGUCAUCUCCUUUUAGUAGUUGAUUCGGUCAGAUGAGUAGGUUCACGUUGUCCACCGCGGUUUGAGAGUGUCUGUGUUCAUGUAUCUGCCAACAUAGUCCAGGCAUCGUGAACCGGGAAGGAACACGUUUUCAAAUCUUUAUCUUACUCAACUUCACGUUAUGGCGUUCUUGAAUAGAUUCUGAGCUGGUGCUUAUGGUGGCACCAUAACGGUGAGAGUAACACGGUUUCUCCCAAUGGAAGUUUCCAGUUAUCGAUGUCAGGCCCCUUAAAGGAGCGAAUUUUCCAAGACCGGAACUGGGCCGUGAGCUCUGGUUUUAAUUCCACAAGAGC